GUAUAAAGUUUUAUAACGUGCAGCAAGAAUUUACUGGAGUAAAAAAAUGGCCAAUAAAAAUACACAAUUUCCGAUGAAAACAGUGUGAAAUAAAAUUACGACUUGCAGUAUGAACGGGGUUACUGUUUGUCUAGAAGAGAUAGCCUUAGAAGGUUUAGAUGGUAUUACUAUUGGUACAUUAUGGAAGAGACUGGACUCGGCACUGCUUUUUUCUACUAUAGAUGAAAGUUAUAAAGAAUUUCUUUGGCGCUGUGUUUCAUCAUGUCGUGGUAUUAAAGCUUAUCUUCUUGAAAGCCCGCGUGCAGAAUUACUGGAUUUUAAUGAGGACUCUGAAGUUUAUUCUUAUUGUUGUAUUAACGAUGAUGGAAUCAGAGGGUCAUGUUCCACAUAUAAAACGAGAACAUUGAUUAAUAUCUCCAAAAUAAAUCUGUCAACUGCGUUGGCCACAUAUGGUAACAGGCUUGUCCUUGUUGCAUCUCAAUUAUUGAGAAAUAAGGUGUUAUUGGGCCCAGAAUUUGAUGCAAGUAUAAGCAUACCUGAAACAAGCUACUGCUUGUUGGAAAUCAUUGGUCGAGCUCGUAAACUCGGACGGUUACAGUCUAACCUUGGUUUGCAAACAAUGGUAGAUAGUCGUAGCUUAUUUGCUCAAGUGAAAACCUUACUUCGGUUACAGUUGAUAACAAAGCAAUCAGUUAUUGGAAAUCGAAGAAGUCCCAGUGCCAUACUUUAUUUAACAAAAUAUCACACUGAACAUGGCCAUAAUUCUCUGCAAUUCAAAAUAACCAAGGCACUCGGUGAAGCACCAGAUCAAUGCCUGCUGCUUGGAGAUCUACAUUCACAGCUUGAAGAAGACAUGCAAAGUGUAGAGAAGGUAGUUGAUAAGCUAUGUAAGUCUGGCCAUGUUUGCUAUGUCAAGAUGAAUGAUUCUAAUGCAAUAUCAUCAAGUCUGGAUAAAAGUUCUGAUGUUAAUCCAGAUAGCUCAGGAGGCUUACAGGACACACAAGAUUCAUUAGAAGAUAAGGAAAGCAAAGUAAUCCAAUUUAUUCAUCCAUUUUAUAACUUGAAUGAUGAGGAUGGUAAUGAGUUGGAAGAUGAGGAAUGGUUGCAACCAGAGAAGGAAGAUUUAUCCAUACAAAUCCCUGCAGAGAUGCCAGUUUUACAUGCUAUCUAUAAUUUUAUAGAAUCAAAAGGAACAGAUGGGGCAAGUUUGACUGAAUGUUGUCAAACAUUGAGUUAUCCAUUUUUUGGCAUGAGGCAAAACUUGGAAAACUUGGAGUGCCUCCAAGUUGUGUUUUGUAAGUUUAUAGAGGAAGGAAAUGCUAAAAGAAAUGUAUAUAUUGCAAGAAAAGCAGCACUACCUCAAGAUCCAUUGUCUGAUCCAAAAGUAAAGCAAUUGUCUCAGAUUGCAACACCAUCUAACAUUGGUAUUACACAAUCACUACCUGUUCAGACCUCCUCAACCACAACAGACCAAAUAAGUAAACCUGAAAUUAUUUCACAAGAAUGCAAGGACUCUGGUGAUUCAACUACUCAACCUGGUAAUCCAAUUUUGCAAAAUUCCGAAGGAGAAUUGAAAGAAAAUUUAGAGGAUGCUAACAAGCCUUGUUCAACAACUAAUAGUGUCAAUGGUACAAAGAAAUCAUUAAAAAAAACUCGUUCUCAAAAACUUGCAGAAACCGAGAGGUUUGUUAGAAGAAAAGCAUGGAUUCUUAACCUGGUGAAAGAUUUCAAAGUUUUGGAAGGCAAACAAAUUUUUAUCAGAUACAUUAGAAGGGAAGAAAAAAAACUGGGCCUAACAAUCUGUAUGGAUCGCAGAACAGUGGCAAAUCUUCUAGAUAAACUGGCAGAAGAAUGUCUCCUAAGGAAAUUUGAAAUGAAUAUAAAACUAGAAGAAGAAGAACAUCAAGUAGAAUUCUUCUGUGAUGUUGGCAUUCAGAAGGAUAGUGAAGAAGUUGCUUCAUGUGUGCAAAGGUUUAAAGAUAAAAUUAUUAUUCAGGGCGCUAAAAGAAGUGGUGCUCUUGUGGAUAAAAAGAUAAAUUCAAUCGGUGCUUUCCAGCCAAAGAUGCGAAGAGUUGAACUCUUGCACAUGUUCCUGUUUUAUGUGAUUUAUGAGCUAAGCAAUCCUAAUGUCAAUCUUGAAGAAAUGCGACGAAAAUAUGAAUGGGCUGAGCAUCUUCAACCAGAAUAUGCUGUAAAGAUGAUUGGAAAAGGAUGGUUUACGCCAUCUGCUAUCCUAUUACUUCUCCCUGUGUCUUUGUAUUUUCAACUGGUUGAUAUUCCAUUUCACAAUCAUGUUCUCCAGAAGUAUUUCAAUGAUCCUGCAACAAAAAACAUGUUAUUGAAAGAUUUACCUCCACUAGCAAGGCAAAUAUUGUUUGAAGAAAGAAAGAAUUACUUUCUGUUUGGGACUUUUGAAUAUCUCACUUUCCUGGGUCUCAUUACUCCGACGAACAAGCAGAUCUUUCUUCAUGAAAGAGAUAUAGCAUGUUAUCUCCACAACUCUACUUCAAUGAAGGACACUCGAGAAUCCGUACCUGGUUAUCAUGAAGUGAAACACCCUGAUGGAGAAGAAUUUCCUGAAGAGAAAUUUUCUUUCUCAGAAAUGGCUGACGUCGAGCAGUAUUGGGACAAAGUCAGCAUUAUUUGUCUGUUCACUCCUUUGAAUAGGCGGAAGAUAUCACAUGAUGUAAAAUCUCGAUCCUCCUCAAAUUUUGAAGCAUUAGUAGUUGAUGAAAAAGAAGUACAAACCUGUGGGAAACCACGUGGCGAUGGUCUUGGUGCAGGCGGAUUUGACUCUCACUUGUACAGUCAUCUUCUAAAUAAAUGGAAAAGGUCCCUCGUUGGGAGGGAUGUGGCGGAUAUGGAUAGUGAUCUCGAGGAUAUCCUGGAUUGGCAAUCGUCUUUCGAUAAUUAUGAUGAUUUUCUGAGUAAUAAAAUUGCUAAUGCUUCCAGAAAGAAACGAAAGAGCGAGAGGCCUGUCCAGGAGGAAGGUGGUUCCAAGAAAAAGAGGAAGUUGAACGUUCAGAGGAAAACAGACGAAAUUCAAAAAGAUGCGUGUUCAUCAGCUCAAUUAAAUAUGACAACACCACAGUCCAACGAUCCCUUGAACCCGUCAACGUUUGUUGGCGAUGAAGAAAAGAAGAAAAGAAAGAAACGAAGAAAGAAAAGGAAGGUGGAUCCAAACAAGCCUAAACGAAAGCCCAAGAGCCACGGUCAUUGGAAUAAACUUGUCCAUGACAAGAGAGAUGAAGAAGCUUUGAAACAAAAACUUGCAAAGAGAAACACCUUCACUCGACAACAACAUAAAUUGUUGUUCAUAUGCUGUUUAGCUUUACGUAUUAUUGGGAAAAAAUCUGUUGACACAGGUUAUAGUGACUGGCUAUGGACAAGAGAUGUCUUGUACAAAGACAAUUAUGAAUCUGCCAAAACGAAAACAGCGUUGUCCAUUAGUCGGAAGUAUCGUGUGAUGAUAAGAAACGCGCAAACAAAAACGAACCUUGAUAUCUGUGUUGCAGAUUGUUUGCAAGGAAAAGAAUUCCAGCCGUACUGUAAUACUAAAAAGAAUUGUGACGAGGCGAUGUUCAAUGAACUGGUUGAGUUACUGAAGAAGAAAUACAGUAUGGAGAACCUGAUUAGUAACCAUUUUGAUCUUCCUUCCACCAUUCAGCAGUUUAACCAACAAAGAAGUGUCCACAGCACUCCUGGAAUAGAAAAAUUGGAGAAAUGCGAUGAAGACUGUCUGUCUUUAGAGCCACGUGAAAUCUCCGUUUGUGAUGUUCGACAACGAGUUAUCCGGGAUGCAAUAGUUUCAGCACUGCUUGCAAACACCGAUAACUACCAGUCAAGCGUGGCCUUUAGGUUUUUGAGUCAGUUCACCGAGGAAGAAUUGAUAAUAGCCAUUUCAUUGCUAAAGAAUGGGCGUAUUGUUGUACGAAAAAGUCUUCGUUAUGCAAAUAGUGGUCAUGACCUAGCAUCGUGUGCCUUUGGUCAGAUGUUAUCGAAGCACAGUCAAUGCAUAAUUGACCACCAAUUUCCAUCGUCGCUGUUCCAGGAAGUUUUUGCAUUUUACGACAAGAUUGCCGACGCUAGUAAGUCACGGGAUGAUGAUGGUGUUCAGGAGUCUCUACCACUCGUGUUUUCAGAGAGUUCAAUUCGUGGAGGAGAAGUAUGUUGUAUUCUCUCCUUGUUGGCAUGCAAGAGAAUAGCAGUGAAUAUGGAAGUUCCAGAUAUAUUUCUUGUCUUGGAGAAGCAAAAAAAGUCGAAGGCAAAGAAACCAGUUUUAGAAAAAUCGAACGAAAGACCAAAGGAAGAGGUUGAAACGAGGAAAAGAGAUGACCCCAGUUGUUUACAUAUUGCGAACACUUCCAGUCAUGAUCAUCCAUCUGAGACGAAUCAAAAUAACGAAGAAAACGCGUUCGAAGGAAGAGCUGACGAUGACGUUCAUGAAAGUGAAGAUGAAAAUUUGAAUGUAAACGAACAGGAUUCAUCAAAGAGAAAGAGAUGCGAGAAUAACGCUACUAAUGACAUGGUAGAAGAACCUUUUGAAGACAAGGCAGUGAGCACAAGUCAAAGUGCGGUGAUUUCGCAUAAAGAUCUUCCUGAUCCAGAAGAAGACGAAAUAAUUACAAUACCAGGCAACAUUAAUCGUAAACGAUCCAAUGACAUGGUUUUAGACGUACUUUGUGGUAUUGAAGAUCACUUAUUUGGUUUUCAGGGCAUCGAGUCCAGCUCGCCAGUGUAUAAGGUGAAUCUAAAACCAACAUCGUCAUUUACAUGUACCAUGACCACGUCUUAUGUCGAUCAUCUUCGCGCCAUUGAUCACGUUGUAGUUGGUGAUGUUGCGGCACCAAGUCAGCAGUAUAAGACGAUGUAUGAAAGUUAUGUUGAAAAUAUUUCAACUUACCAACGUACCGGAGAUUUAAAGAGAAUUCUCUUUAGUAUUAACCCAUGCAAAGUUCGUGUGCGUUUGUUGUCGGCAGAGAAAAUCGCAACUCCUAGAGCUGAACAAAGUCUUGAAGAAAGUGUCGCCCAGCAUUUUAAAUCAAACGGCUUAACUAUGCCAGAGACAAUAGAAGAAUGCAUUACUCUUUGUUCAAAAAUGUUUGGCUACACCGGGGAAGAUUGUGAGGCACUAAAGACUGUUUAUGAAACAGUACACAACAGCAAAGAAAUUGGUAUGUCAGUUUCUAAAGUGGAUCAAAUGAUCAAGUGUGAACGUUUAUUUGUCUCUCAACAUUUCUCCACGAAUGGUCUAAUCAAAGUCCUUGAAGCAUUCAAACUUGUUUAUCAAGUCGGCUUCGUUGAAGUUUGUUACGUUACUAAAGCAUUUAAGCAACAUUGGUUUUUAAACUUUCAUGAAGAUAACGGUCGAUCUAUUUCUGAAAUCGCGAAACUUGAAAGAGAACGAAAAAUUUCUGUAAUGGGAAAAACUGGUGCUGGUCAAGACGAAGCCGAACAGGAUGGCUGUGCAAAGUCAGAUUGUCCUGAAAAGAAUCAAAUACCGAAAAGUAGCGAGGAUAUGGCAGCGACCCCCAACACAUCCGAACAGUCAACGUCUUUUUCAACACACCCGAAUAGCGAAACUCGAUCAGAAGUGUCUUCAGCAGUUUCAGGAAGUUUUGAUGACAAAAUUCCAGAGGAAACAAGCACUUCUAAACAGGAUAAUUUCACGAAUGAAAUUCCUACACAGACGGACAGUUGUUCCAGUAAGCCAUGCCGUCCUUGGAUCACAAUGGCUGGUGAAAUGAACAAAGAUGCAUAUAAUACUCUACAUCAAAGUGUCUUGGCCUACAUCAUAAAGUAUCCCGGAGUCCAAAAAUAUGCAAUUUCAAAACAUUACGUAAAUCUUCUAUUUCAAGUUGCUCUUGAUGAUAUUUUGCAGAAACUAGAAGAUUGUGGAUGUAUUGAGCGACAUUUCUGUUAUGUCAAGAAGACAACAUUGUUCUCUUCAAAAACUAGAAACAAAUCCAGUUAUUAUCUUUCCAAACCUGACUCGCUGUUUAAAUUAGUGGAAUGUGUUUUGUUGCCAUGAGAAUAUCCCAGAAAAUUUUUCAAGAUAUUCCGUCUGGUCAAGAUUCAUUUUGGCUUCAGUGUGAAGAUUCAGGACAUCAAAUUUAGGAUGAUCACUCUAAGAACUCCUUUUACUGAGCUAAUAUCGAACAAACAAGUACUAAAAAUAAGCUAGAGCUGUAACCUAAAUAUAUUAUCCUAUGCAAAAACUGAUGCUCAUCCUGAAGUCGCUAUAUAGACUAUAUAGAGUUUUGCGUUGCAUGAGAGAAAGAAUGUUUGUUAAAUGAUGUAUUAUUGUCAUAAGGAUAUUUCUUAAAAAACUUUUGUAAUUAUCGCUCGUGUAUUAUUUUAA